AUAUUUGAGUACAGAUGGUUAUUGUAAUAAAUAUCUUUGUCUAAUUAGUGUGGUGAUAAAAUUAUAACUGACUGCUUUAUUUCAAUGGAGGAAUAUAAUUGGAAAGAUACUAAUAUGGCCUUAUUCGGUUCCGAUGAAGAAAGGUCUAUCAAAAAGGAAGCUGCUAAAACUGAAAAAGCAUGGCAACAAAUAAAAUCUAUUAGAAAGUCAACACUUUUGGUUUGGAGAAUAAACAAAUUUAAUCUAGAAGUCGUAAAAUUAGAAGAUAUUGGGACGUUUUAUUCUGGAGAUUCAUAUAUUGUCUUGAAUAUAGAGAAAGUUGGUGAUGAUUAUAAUUAUGAUGUUCAUUUCUGGAUAGGAAAGAAAAGUACUCAAGAUGAAUAUGUAACUGCGGCUUACAAAACUGUAGAGUUGGAUACAUUUUUAGACGACAAAGCUAUUCAACAUCGUGAAGUCGAUGGAUUGGAGUCAAAACAGUUUAAAAAGUAUUUUAAAAAGUUUAGAACACUUGAAGGUGGUUAUGAUAGUGGAUUUAAUCAUACAAAACCAAAUGAAUUUAAAACAAGACUUAUGCACUUUCGAGAUAUUGAUUGUUUACAUGUUGAAUUACGUGAAGUACCUUAUUCUAGAAAUUCUUUAGUUUCGGAAGAUGUUUUCAUAUUGGAUUUAGGAUCAUUAGCUUAUCAAUGGAUUGGUAGUAAAUCAGGCAAAUAUGAACGAUUUAAAAGUGCAGAAUAUUUAUUAAAACUUAAAAGUGAACGUAAUGGAAGGUGUAAAAUUCAAGUAUUAGAAGAAAAUGAAAAUUCGCAUGAAUUAAAAGAAUUUUUAGCCAAGCUGCCGAAUACCGAAAUUACUGCACCUUCUAAAAAUAACAGCGGAAUGAAGGCAGUUCAUCGCCUUUCAGAUGAGGAUGGGGAAAUGAAAUUAUCUUUGGUAUGUAAAGAGGUACUGCCACGAUCUGUGAUUACACAAGAUGAUGUGUACUUCAUUGACAAUGGAUCUCAUUUAUACGUCUAUAUUGGAGACCAAUGUUCAACCCAGGAAAAACGAAAUGCUCUAUCAAAUGCUCAUGAAUAUUUAAAGGAAACUGAUCAUCCACUUGUACCAAUCAGCGUAGUUUGCGGCAGUGAGAAAUUAACACUGUUAAACAAUGUUCUAGAAUGAGACAAUACGAAAAUUAUUUAACAUCUUUUCAGUUGCAUGAAGAAACAUAUUCAGAAUGACAGAAUUCAAUCACCAGUUCAGUAGUUUUUUUCUACCACUAUUUACCUCCAUUAUUUUUCUUAAUAAAAUGAUCAUUCCAUU